CUUAUCUUGUUUACCUCAUUUUUAUCGAUAUCAAUAUUAUCUGAAAUUCUACGUUAAAAAAAGAAAUUCACAUUGUCAUUUUCAGAUUGCUCCGAAAAAUGUGCUUUCGAAUAUAUAAUCCAUCCUUGAUCCAUCAGAUUUGAGAAAUACUGCGGUGCAACUGGGCGCAACCGUCAGAUAUAGAAACUAGAAGCAGUCUCACGAAAUCCGGCGAAAUUCUAAUCGUAUCUCAAGAACAUGCAUGGUUUGUCGGAAUUUUCUUAGCGAUAGGAGCUUGAGAUAUUCGGUGACAUGGCGAUGUUUAAUUCGUUUCGCUUGACACGGAGCAAAUUUGCAGCGACCGGUUUUAGACGUUUAUGGACUUCUAGGGCUUUGCUGACCGAUCAAUUUGAAAGUGACAAUAGAAAAGCGGAAUCUCAUCGGGAGAAUGAUGAGGAAUAUGAAAACAAUAUUAAGUUAAAAAUACUUGGUGCCUCUUUAAAAUUUGUUCCUGACGUGGGAUGGAGCAAACAGGCUAUUAGUGCUGGUGCUGAAUCAAUUGGAUAUCCGGGUGUGAUACAUGGAUUGUUUCCAAAAGGUAGUGCGGCUUUAGUGGAGUAUUUUUACUCUAUGUGUAACCGGGAAUUAAAUGACAUCCUAGAAAAAGAAGCAUUAGCUGUCAAAGCGGAUUCCUCAAGUUCGCAGAAGACACCAGAACAGCAAGUUCGUGAUGCUGUAGAAAUACGGCUGAGAAUGGUGAUUCCCUACAAAAAAACCUGGCCACAAGCAAUGGCUAUUAUGUCCCUUCCACCAAAUGUACUAACUGCUUUAGCAAAUUUACUAAUUUUAGUCGAUGAUAUCUGCUACUAUGCCGGCGAUAGAUCGGUUGAUAUUAACUGGUAUGCCAGGAGAAUGAUACUAGCGACUAUUUAUAAAGCUACUGAAUUGUACAUGUUGCAAGAUAAAAGUGAAGACCACAAAGAAACAUGGUUGUUCCUAGAGAGACGACUAAAGGAUAUUUUACAAAUACAAACAAUGCUUUCCAGUUCAGUUAAGCCAGAUGAAGCUUUAAAUUGUGCUACAGAAACAGCUUCUGCUGUUUUUAUAACGGCCCGCAAUAUACUUGGAUUACGUUAAUAGAAGAAGAAAUAAAUUAACAUAUGAGAGAAGAUUUUAAGAAAAUAGAGACAU